AUGGCGGUGGCCUUUGGAGAGGUUGCAGUGGUGCCACAUGGCUCUACGGAGACGUCUCUGGAUCCCGAAUCUGGCUUGCCAGAGAUGCAGGUUCGCUUCCAAACUUCAGAGACGCCCAGCACCUCGAGUGCUUGGAUCAAGGACGCAUUUUCGGAGGGGGAGAGAUCGUUGUGGCGAUUCCCGAGCAAGCCCGGCUCCGUGCCGGAGUACAUGCGAAGGGCUUUCUGCGUGAAGACGUUUUCGCUGAUGAGUCUGCAGCUUCUGGUGGUCUUUGCAGAGAUGAUCUCCAUCGACCACUACCGGCUGUGGCACAACGUCCUCACUGAGAUGCGGGAGGGACACUUCAUCGAUGUGGGCCAAGAGGUGCUUUUCUACAGCUCCGGCUUUUGCACAUUGAUCUCCAUCAUGGUAAUGUUCUGCGUCAAGGACAGAUACCCUGUAAAUUAUUGGCUAAUUGCGCUGACAACAUUGCUCUCGGGAUCCUUCUGGGGCAUGACGCGUGCGGUUGUGCAGACAACCAUGCACUUCCAGAUCGUUGGGAUCCUUUGCUGCUCGAUGACGGGAGGAGCUGUUGCGUCGAUGUUGGUGAAGGAGGUGCACGGUCCGAAGCUGCUGGUGGCUACUCUGGCUCCGGGCUGGUUACUGGGAGCCACGCUCAACGUGCUGAUCAGCCGAGUUUUCGUACAGGAGACGGACCGGGUGGUGCUGGGAUCCACAGGUUUAUCGAUGUUGCUGCUGUGCAUCCUUUCGAUGGAUGCAGGCAGGUACCUAAUCCUGUGCAAGCCGGAUGAUUUUAUGAAAAUUGUCGUUGCAAUGAACUCCACGUUGAUGGUAGUGGUGAGCAUCCCCUUCUUCGUUCUGUCUUUCUGCUUUAUUCACACGGGCGAGGUCAGGGGCGAAGACGUUUGA